GUGGAAACGAGGGAUCUGCGAACUGCCCAGUGUAAAAUAUUUAUCACUUAUCAUGUUUCAACUGAGUUCUCUUCUCUUGUUUUCAUCUGCCACUCUCACCUCCAACUUAUCCUCACCACACAAUGGAGCAACGAAUCGAAACCAAAUCCUUCAUCGGAGCCAAACCGCCGACUUUCGAGCCCAUCACUCUGUCCGCAUUGGAUCAUCUCCUAUCGCCCAUUCAUCUCUUCGCCUACUUUACAUUCCACGUUAACCGUCCCUCAGACGCCAUUCCUGUCCUUGAAAACGGUCUCUCGCGCUUAUUCGAUGCCCUCCCUUUCUUGACCGGAGAUAUAGAGACUCUACCGCAUUUAAACGGCAAACAGAAUGUGAUGCAAAUGAGACCAACAGACGCAGUGACACUGGCCGAGUCACCAAUGCUCCGCAUCGUGCACCACCAAACCAAAGCAUCCGCUGUCGAGCGUGAUUCCGCCGAGCACACCGAUUACGUCCCCAUUCCCAUUCCGAUGAUCGCCCCCGAUCCAAGUCCUGUCGCUCGGUUCCAGGCAAACAUAAUGCAAGACGGUGUCGUCCUUUGCAUGGCUUUCGACCAUCGAGUGAUGGAUGGCCUGGGGGUUAUUGCUAUCCUGGAGUCGCUGGCUGCGUGCUGUCGGGGAGAUGCCGCUCUCACCACCAUGGCCUCGCAACUUCAAAAGAAACAGCAGAUUGCAUCCAUCACCAGCUCAACACCCUUUCACGAUCAAGAAGGGUUUGGAACUGAGCCCAGAAUCCCGGUGCAUCCGAUCAGUCGCAAGUUCUCACUCUCUGCAGACAAAAUCAGCCAGCUCAAGAAAAUAUGUAACUCGUUGACUCCUGCCGGGUCAAAUAUUUCUUUAACAAACGGUGACAUUGCCGCCGCGAUCAUUUCGAUAUCCGUCAUGCGCGCAAUCCAAGAAGCGUCACCGUCCCUACCCAAAGACGCAACUGCCAAAAUGAACUACAUCGUCGAUGGUCGCUCCAUCCUUCAACCCCAUCUGGGCCGUUAUAUCGGAAACACCUUGAUGCCGGGCCGAUUGUCCUUUUCCCACGACGCCAUGAAGCGCAAUGCCUUGAACGAUCUGGCGGACAUCUCGCUCAUCUACAAUGUUGCAUCGUCACUCAGAUCAGAAGUCCAGUCAAUCUCCGCGGAACAGAUCUGCAGCCUUGUCUCGCAUAUCAACAACCUGGACGACUGGGGCUCGUUCCAAGGGCAAUUCCCUGACUUUUUAGUUAGUAGUUUGCGUGCUUUUCCUGUGUAUGCAUGGGACUGGGGACAUGUGCUCGGCAAGAUGGCCAAUUUAGAUAUGCCUGAUCCGCGAUUAAAUGGGGCUUGCUGGGUGAUGCCUGCUAAAGCAGUACCUGGGUCCAAUAAAGCACCUCCGUAUGAAUUGAGGAUCGUGCUGGAGGAGCGGAUCAUCGAGUGUCUGCGGAGAGAACCUCUUUUCUGCUGGGCAUCGGAUGCAAGUCAAACGAAUGGGUCUGCAAAGCUGUGAUUUACCAAAACACUAGACUAUGGUUGGUUGUAAGUAUAAUAACAGAGUCUAUGUGAACGGAUGGAUAAA